CCUCUUACGACAAGCCUAACCACCAUUACAUGUUAGGUCAAGUUCGGGCCGAGUGUGCGAGUACAUUGCGGUGGAGGGGCGAGUUGACAAAGAUGCAGUGGUUAAACGCUUUCAAGGCAACAACAAUAACAGUGAUUUUGAUUACCUUUUUGGACUCAAUUGAAUUUCAACAAAGUCAGUGUGGAACGGACACAAUCAAAAGCACUGCACCUGAAUAAAUAUUGGAAUGCUAGCAGCUCUGAUGUCAUCAUUUAUUCUCAAUUCUUCUAUUCUAUUUUAAGAUGCAGUGGUUAAACGCUUUCAAGGCAACAACAAUAACGGUGCUUUUGAUUACCUUUUUGGACUCAAUUGAAUUUCAACAAAGUCAGUGUGGAACGGACACAAGGCAUAGUCAGGUACUGAUACUUGGAGCAGGGGCAUCAGGUUUGGCGGCAGCAAAGACUCUGGGCGAAAGAAACAUCCCUGACUAUAGGAUACUUGAAGGUUCGAAUAGAAUUGGCGGGAGGGUCAAAUCUGUGACAUUUGGCGGCAAGACUGUUGAAGAAGGAGCGAACUGGGUGAUAGGAAAAGAAGGCACCCCUCUAUGGGAUGUUGUCCAGAAGUACAACGUAUCAGGUAAAGCAUCAGAUCGUGGCAGUGUUUUAAUCAGAAACGUUCACGGUGCUAAUGUCACGGACACAGAAGGAGAAGACGCAUGGAUCAAAUUGGAAGCAGCAAAAAGGACCGUAUCCGAGAUCUUCAAAUGUGUUAAAAACAAGAAAUGGGGGGACAUGUCUGUACGAACCUGCCUAGAUAUUGGAGGGUGGUCCCCUAAAACGCCUGUUGAAAACGUUGUGGAGAUAUUUGACUAUGACUUUGAGUAUGGAGGAUCCCCCGAAGUGACUUCCUGUUAUGGUGUUGGUAUGACUGAAGAUGCUGUCAACGAUAUGUACUACAUUAUAGACGAAAGAGGUUAUGAGUAUAUUCUGAAGACAUAUGCUGUUGAUGCAUUGACACCAAAUGAUCAACGGCUACAUCUGAAUGAAGUCGUCACAAGUAUAAACUACAGCGACACUAGAGUGGCAGUUACUACCCAGAGCGGAAAGGUCUUCACGGCCAACGUAGUCAUUGUAACUUUCAGUAUUGGUGUCCUGCAAAGCGGUUCUGUGAUUUUCAACCCACCACUCCCAGACUGGAAGAUCGACAAUCUGUUCCGGGUCCGGUUCGAAAACUAUGUUAGUGUGUAUCUCAAAUUCCCUAACACCUCAUCUAGGUUCUGGGAUAACACUGAAUAUAUCCUGUACGCUGAUGACAGAAGAGGUGUGUUUCCAGUCUGGCAGAACCUAGAGGUUGACGGACUAUUUCCCCCUGGAACCAAUAUUCUCAAGAUGGUCACACAAGGGGAAGAUGCAGACAGAGUGUCCGAACUGACUGAUGCAGAAAUCACUGGUGAGGUGAUGGCGAUCCUCCGGCGCGUCUACACGAACGUUGUCGAUCCGGAAGAUGUAUUCAUCACCAACUGGAAGAAUAACCCAUUGUACAUGGGAAGCUUUUGCAACAUGAAAGCAUCGGCAUUCAGGUCGGACAUCUUUGAAGCUAUAAGAGCUCCGGUGAGAAACGUCUUCUUUGCAGGGGAAGCUUUUGAUAGUGAGUUCUCUUGUUAUUCAACCGGGGCUGCGAGGAGCGGAAUUUACACUGCAAAUGAAGUGUCUGCAUACGUUUCAUCCUAGCUGCUGGUGCCCUAUUUCAUCAACCAUUAACAGACAUCCAAAACCUGUACAUCUUUUACCUUACCGUUUAUUGAUAUGAAUUAUUGAAAAACGACCUACACAAUAGUGUAAGAAAUUAAACUACUG